AUGGCCAAGAAAAGGCAGUAUGGACCCAACGCUGCUGGGCGACAAGCAGGUCGGGCCAUCUGGGAUCUCACCGUAUUCCACGACACACUCAACCAAGAUAGAGGUAUCGGCAUUGCAAACCUCAAGAGCUGGCGCUCACUAGCAAGUGCAAAGCAAAACGAACCCCAUGACAGCACGUACGAGGUACUGACCCUUUUCGGAGCAAAACAAAGUGUUGAGCUUUGUCAGCUUUGUGUUUUCAUGGCCCUGGUGGCCAGGACCCAGGCAACACUGCCAAGAACAGCUACACUAGCUCUGUAUAACCUCCUCGCCCGUGCUUCGUCGUGGAAUCAGGUUGUUACUUGCUGUAGUGCUGCGAUUGUGUCCAGCUGGGCAGGGACCCAGCUUGUGCAGCAGCAGCAGCAGCAGCAGCAGCAGCAGCAGCAGCAGCAGCAGCAGCAGGUGGUGCAAGGCAUCGACGCAGCCAUCCAGGCUUGGCCAGGGUCUCUGGCCCCGCCCUGCUGGAGAUGGCGACUGGCCAAGCAGCUGCGAGGCAGCUCAUGGAUCAAACCGCAGAUGCUGCAGCUCGAGCGGCAGCAGCAGCAGCAGAGGUUGUUGCUACCAACGCAGUCCUACCGCGAAGGGCUGAGCAGAUUGCCCGUCUGGUUCAGAAACCAGAUAUUUACCGCCCAGAGAAGUGGUUGGAUUCUCCGGGAUAGUGGACAACAAGUAUGUGGAGGAGAUUGCAUGGGUGGAGCGAGAAGCAAGUACUGA